UCCGUACAAACAGGAAGUAUUUUUUGAUUUGGUGCUUUUCGUUUAGGUCGGCGCAUUUUUCGUAAUUUAAGGACGCGUAGAAGAGGUGUGGAUGGGGGACAUCCGUCAGUCUUUGCUGCCUCGGGACGUCCUGAGCGGUGCCAAAGAGCUGCUGUAUCACCUGGACAUCUACAUCUGUAACCUGCUGCAGUCUGGGAGGCAGCCUCCUCAGGUGGACUCCAAGACCCUGGAGCUGGUUGAGGAGUUCAUUCUACAUGCACCCAAGGACAGGAACGCCCCGGCCCGGAAGAUGAGCGCUCUCCAGGAGCUCCAGCUGUUGGAGAUCAUGUGCAGCUGUUUUCAGGAGCAGAGUCGGGACACGGUCCGCCAGAUGAUGUUCUCUGCCCUUUUUCAGCUUCAAGGAAACCAGGCGGACGAGAGCCGCAUGUUGCAGCUCAGCAAACUCGUCUCCAUGGCUGUGGCUAUGGGGAGGGUUCCUAUUCUGGAAUGUGCUGCUACCUGGUUACAGAGAACCCACCGUGUGUACUGCGUCCGUCUGGCUCAGGUUCUGGUAGAUGAUUACUGCAGUAUGGUGCCAGGUUCGGUCUCCACCCUGCAGAACAUCCACAGCAUGAGUUCACGGUUCUGCUGCCAGUUCAUCACAGCAGUCAGCACUCUGUACGACCUCAGCUCAGAAGAGCUCACUCCUCCACUAGAACUCCUGCAGAUGAUCGUGUCAUGGCUCCAGGACGACCCCCGCCUCGUUCUCAUCACCUUUCUGAACAUGCCCCUCUCUGGCAGCCAGCCGGUCAGCUCUCUGGACGUCACGCCGCUGGGCGGUUUGGUUCGCUGGUGCAUCAAGGCGCCGCUGGCCUACAGACGAGACAGGAAGCUGGCGCUGACUGAUGGGAGCUGUGACGAUGAAGCAGACCCUCAGCCGCUCUUCUCCGCUCUACAUCUGAGCGUCCUGCAGGUCUUUAUGCUCCUGCCCAACAUUCUCAAUGAGAAGGGUCUUUAUGGUCGCCUGGCGCUGCUCCAGAUGGAGUCCGUGGCUGCUCUGACCUCUGACCUGUCCCGACUUCUGGACCAGGCCGACAAACACACACACGCAUCACCAGCUGGUGCACAGGCGGCGUCCCAGCUGGCUCUGGACCGCCUGGCGCAGGCCCUGCAGGUGGCCAUGGCCAGUGGAGCCUUGCUCUGCACGAGAGAGGACCUGAGAGCUGUCUGUUCCCACCUCCCUCACAACAAUUUGCUCCAGCUGGUUCUGUCCGGCCCGGUGAUGUUCUACAACAACAUCCACACCCCUCCGCUGGCCUACAGCCCCCAUGCCGCGCUCCCCACACGCUCCCCUCACACGCCUCUGGCCGCUCACCCAGCCUCUCACGCUCAGUACGCCGCUCAGCCAUUCAUGUCAGGGAUGGCGUUCCCGUUCCGACCUGGACACUAA